AUGUCUUCUUUUCUCACCUCUACUCACUUUUCUCUCUUUUUUUUUCGCUCUCUCUUUUCUCUACUCUCCUUUCUCACCUCUUCAUUUUUUUCGCUCUUCUUUCUUCUUUCCCAUUUAUAUAUUUCUCCUUUUUCUCUCUCUCAUCUCUCUCUUUCUCUUUUCUCUCUCUUUCUCUCACCUCUCUCAUUUCUCUACACCUUUUUCUCACCUCUCUCAUUUCUCUACUUUCUCCCCCACCUCUCUCUUCUCACCUCUCUCUUUCUCUCUCUUCCCUCUCUCUCUCAUUUCCUACACUCUCCUUUCUCACCCUCUCUCUCUCUCUCUCCCUCCUUUCUCACCUCUCUCUUUCUCUCACCCAUCUCUCUCUCUCUCUCUUUUCCCUCCUCCCCAUUUCUCUCUCUCCUUUUCUCACCCCUCUCUCUCUCUCUUUCUCUCACCUCUCUACUCUCUCUUUCUCUCACCUCUCUCUCUCUACUCUCCCCUUUCUCCCUCUCACUUCUCACUCUCUCUCAUUCUCUACUCUCCUUCUCUCCCUCUCAUUUCUCUCCCUCUCUUUUCUCUACUCUUCUUUCUCACCUCUCAUUUCUCUACACUCUCCUUUCUCACCUCUCUCAUUUCUCUACUCCUUCUCUCCCUCCCUCUCUUUCUCCCCUUCUCUCACCUUCUCUCUCUUCUUUCUCCCCUCUCUCCCAUUUCUCUCUCCUCCCUUUCUCCCCUCUCUCUCAUUUCUCUCCAUUCUCUCACCUCUCCCUAUUCUCUUUUCUCUCUUUUCUCACCCUUUUUCUUCUCCUCUUUCUCUUUCUCUCACCCUUCUUUCUCUCUUUUUCUCACCACUUUCUCUCUUUCUCCUCACCCUUUCUCACCUCUUUCUCUCAUUUCUCUCUCUCUCUUUCUCUCUCUCACCUUCUCCUCUUUCUCCCUUCUCUCACCUCUCCCAUUCUCUCCUCCCUCUUUCUCCCUUCUUUCUCCCUCUUUCAUUUCUCUUUCUCUCUCCCUCUUUCUCUCACCUCUUUCUCUCUACCUCAUUCUCACCUCUCUCUUUCUCUCACCUCUCUCUUUCUCUACUCUUCUUUCUCACCUCUCUCAUUUUUCACCUCUCUCUUUUCUCUACACUUCUUUCUCACCUCUCUCAUUUCUCUACACUCUCCUUUCUCACCUCUCAUUUUCUACUCUCCCCUUUCACCUCUCUCUGUUUUCUCACCUCUCUCUUUUCUCUACUCUUCUUUCUCCCAUCUCUCCCCAUUUCUCUACCUCUCCCCUUUCUCACCUCUCUCAUUUCCUCCUCUCCUUUCUCCACCUCUCCCAUUUCUCUACUCUCUCUUUUCUCUCUCUUCUUUCUCCCUGUCUCUCAUUUCUCUCCUCUCCUUUCUCACCUCUCUCCCUCUCUCUCUCUUUCUCUCUCUCUCUUUUCUCUACUCUCCUCUCUCUCCAUUUCUCUACUCUCCUCUCUCUCUCUCUUCUCUCCUCUCUCACCUCUCUCUCUCUCUCCUCUCUCUUUCUCCCUCUCUCUUCUCUACUCUCCUCUCUCUCUCUCUUUCUCUCUCUCUCUCUUUCUCUCUCUCUUCUUUCUCUCACCUCUCUCAUUUCUCUCUCCUCUCCUUUCUCCCUCUCUCUUUCCUCUCUCUCCUUUCUCACCUCUUCAUUUCUCUACUCUCUCUUUCUCUCUCUCUCUCAUUUCUCUCUCCUUUUUCUCUCCUCUCCCAUUUCUCUCUCUCUCUUUCUCUACUCUUCUUUUCUCACCUCUCUCUCAUUCUCUACUCUCUCUUUCUCCUCUCUCUCUCUUUCUCUCUCUCCUUUCUCACCUCUCUCAUUUCUCUACUCUCUCUUUUCUCUCUCUUCUUUUCUCCUCCUCUCCCAUUUCUCUCUCUCUCUUUCCCUACUCUUCUUUCUCACCUCUCUCUCUUUCUCUACACUCUCUCUUUCUCUCCUCUCUCAUUUCUCUACUCUCUCUUCUCCCCUCUCCCUCUCUCUCUCUUUUCUCUCUUUUCCCUCAUUCUCUCUUCUUUCUCACCUCUCUCAUUUCUCUACUCUCUCUCUUUCUCUCUCCUCUCUCUUUUCUCUCUCCUCUCCUUUCUCCUCUCUCCUUUCUCUCUCUCUCUCCUUCUCUCACCUCUCUCUUUUCUCUAUUCUCCAUUCUCACCUCUCUCCCCAUUCUCUCACCUCUCUCUUUUUCUCUCUCUCUCUUUCUCUCCUCUCUCAUUUCUCUCUCUCUCUCUCCUUCUCACCUCUCUCAUUUGUCUACUCUCCUUUCUCCCCACCUCUCUCAUUUCUCCCUCUCUCUUUUCUCUACUCUUCUUUCUCCCUCUCUCAUUUCUCUACCUCUCCUUUCUUCUCCUCUCUCCACUUUUUCCUUUCUCACCUCUCCCAUUUAUCUACUCGCUCUUUUCUCUACUCUUCUUUCUCACCUCUCUCAUUUCUCUACACUCUCCUUUCUCACCUCUCUCAUUUCUCUACUCUCUCUUUUCUCUACUCUUUUUUCUCACCUCUCUCAUUUCUCUACUCUCUCUUUUCUCUACUCUUCUUUCUCACCUCUCUCAUUUCUCUACACUCUCUUUUCUCUACUCUCCUUUCUCACCUCUCUCAUUUCUCACCUCUCUCUUUUCUCUACUCUUCUUUCUCACCUCUCUCAUUUCUCUACACUCUCUUUUCUCUACUCUUCUUUCUCACCUCUCUCAUUUCUCUACUCUCUCUUUCUCUCUCCCUCCUCUCUCCCCUCUCAUUUCUCUCUCACUCUCUUUUCUCUACUCUCUUUCUUUCUCUCCUCUCUCAUUUCUCCCCUGUCUCUUUCUCUCUCUUCUUUCUCACCUCUCUCAUUUCUACCUCUCUCUUUCUCCCACCUCUCUUUCUCUCUCUCUCCCCUUCUCACCUCUCUCCCAUUUCUCCCACUUUCUCACCUCUCUUUCUCUACACUCUCCUUUCUCUCUCUCCUCUCUCUCUUUCUCUCUCUCUCUCUUUUUCUCUACUCUUUUUCUCUCUACUCUCUCUCUCUCAUUUCUCUACUCUCUCUCUCUCUUUUCUCUUCUUUCUCAUCUCUCUCCCAUUUCUCUACCUCUCUUUCUCUCUACACUCCUUUCUCUCCUCUCUCAUUUCUCUCUCUUCUUUCUCUCUCUUCUUUCUCACCUCUCUCUCAUUUCUCUAGACUCUCUUUUCUUUACUCUCCUCUCUCCUCUCCUCUCUUUCUCACCUCUCUCUUUUCUCUACUCUUCUUUCUCACCUCUCAUUUCUCUACUCUCCUUUCUCACCUCUCCCAUUUCUCUACUCUCUCUUUUCUCUACUCUCCUUUCUCACCUCUCUCAUUCCUCUACUCUCUCUUUUCUCUACUCUUCUUUCUCACCUCUCUCAUUUCUCUACUCUCCUUUCUCAACUCUCCCAUUUCUCUACUCUCUCUUUUUUCUCUAUCUUCUUUCUCCCUUACUCCUUUCUCUACACCUCCUUUCUCACCUCUCUCCCAUUUGUCUACCCUCCUUUCUCUAUUCUCUCAUUUCUCCCUCUCUCUUUCUCUACUCUUCUUUCUCACCUCUCUCAUUUCUCUACACUCCUUUCUCACCUCUCUCAUUUCUCUACUUUCCUUUCUCCUCCCCAUUUAUCUACUCGCUCUUUUCUUUCUCUCUUUCUUUCUCCCCUCUCUCAUUUCUCUACCUCUCCCUUUCUCACUCUCUCAUUUCUCUACUCUCUCUUUUCUCUACUCUUUUUUCUCACCUCUCUCAUUUCUCUACUCUCUCUUUUCUCUACUCUUCUUUCUCACUCUCUCAUUUCUCUACUCUCUCACUUCUCUCCUUACUCUUCUUACUUCAUCUUCGUUCUCCAACUUGA